UCGCUGUUGUGUCUAAUUUUUUUCUGUUACAUUUUGCAUUGCAAUUAUGUGGCGGACGACCAUUGCACGGUUUAUGUUGGUGCGAUCGUUGCAACAUGUGCAUAAACGUGGCUUUGCAACUGCAACGCGUCACAGUAUCAAGGAUGGUUGGGAAGCUGUCAUUGGCAUCGAGGUUCAUGCUCAGAUCAAUUCCACAACCAAACUCUUCUCAGACACACCGACCUCUUUUAAUGACGAGGUGAAUACGAAAAUAUCCACUGUGGACGUCGCCUUUCCCGGUGUCCAGCCACGACUAAAUAAACAAUGCGUGGAAUUGGCCGUCAGGACAGCGCUGGCUUUGGAGAGCGACGUGCAAACGGUUUCCACCUUUGAUCGCAAACAUUACUUUUAUCCUGAUCUUCCUCAAGGCUACCAGAUCACUCAACAAAGACAACCUAUUGCUCGAGGAGGCGUAAUACGACUGACCGAAUUGGACGGCUUACCAGCACCUAUUCACGUUGGCAUUCAUCAGUUACAACUGGAGCAGGAUACUGGCAAAAGCUUGCACGAUAUGCGACCAGGAUAUACCUUGCUAGACUAUAAUCGAGCAGGCAUCGGUUUGAUGGAGAUUGUCACAAAACCUGAUCUACGAUCAUCAUUUGAAGCUGGUCUUUUGGUGAAGAAAUUACAAGCUAUAUUACGGUGUGUGGGAUCUUCAAAAGCAAAUAUGGAAGAGGGCUCUAUGCGUUGUGAUGUCAAUGUAUCGGUUCAUCGCACCGGUGAACCUUUUGGUACCCGGUGCGAACUUAAAAAUCUGAAUAGCGUACGGUUCCUGUCCAUGGCGAUAGACGCCGAGGUUGAACGGCAGAUUGAGUUGCUGGAGGCUGGUCACACCAUUCAAACGGAAACACGCGGAUAUGAUGUGGCAGCAAAUAAAACAUUUAGACUACGAGGCAAGGAAACCGCUCCCGAUUACCGUUAUAUGCCUGAACCGGAUUUACCGACUUUGCGCCUGCCACCUAAUUAUAUUGAGACCAUUGCAUCCACUGUUCCGGAACUGCCUGAUCAGUCUCGAACAAGAAUUAUGGAUCAAUACGGAAUAUCUUUGCAUGAUGCUAAUGUCCUAUUAAAUGAAGCCGGAAGCUUGGCUUUCUUUGAGCAGGUCUGCGUUCAACGUAAUCCACGUUUGGUUGUAAACUGGACACUACACGAAUUGUUUGGCCAAUUGGCCGGUCAAGAUAUCCCAUUUUAUCAAAAUCCAGUUACUGUUGAUCAGCUUGGAUCUUUAAUCGAUUUAGUUCAACAAGGCACAAUUACUGGACCCACCGGCAAAAAGGUCUUGAAGAUGAUGGUGGAACAACCUUCACCCAAAACGAUGCCCAUUGAUAUUGUAAAGGAAAAAGGUUGGCUGCGUAUCAGUGAUACCGGCAAACUGAGAACGUUAUGUGAGCAACUCGUCAAUGAACAUGCGGCCAAGGCGGAAACAAUUCGUCAAGGCGAGCCCAAGAUGUUCAAUUGGUUUGUAGGUCAGGUGAUGCGUCAUACAAAAGGCAUGGCUGAUCCUACCGAACUCAACAACAUGCUGUGUGAAGUGAUUGGCUGUCGAUAUGAGGACGUUGUCACUCCCGCUACCAAAGAAUCCUCCAAGAAGUCCAAGAAAAAGAAGCCAAGAAAAUAGACGUGAAUCAAAAUUACAAUAAAAAAAAAUUGCAC